CGUGAAUCCGUUAUACCCGAGAAGAGAAUUGGCGAUGUUGAUUUUGCGUGUAGGCGGUCUCGAUUCAAGUGUUUUUAUUUUAUUUUUGCUCUUGCCUUGCUUAACAUGAUUUAGAUAUAGAGGUUUCUUGGAACUUUAAAGGAAGUGGUUUUUCCAUUGAGAUCUGCAGCAUCCCUUUUGGGUGUGUGGAAUUUUGCUUUUCUGAUUCUGGGUUCUUCUUGUACUUUUCCUUGGAGGAAGAAAUCUUGGUUUUCGCUUUGAUUUCCAUUGAGCUUCAUUUGCUAGGUUUAUUGAUUCUUCGAGCGCUUGAGUUGGAGCUGGAUACUGUUUUCUUACAGAUGUGAAUAUGGAAAAGAAAAAAACAAUCUCUCAAUACAGAGAGAGGCUGGACAACACGCUGUCUUCCCCUGAACUGACCGAUCCUGAGACGCUUAGAACACUUGUCAAGAAUCAGAUUUUACGAUAUGCACAAGAUGAGAAAGAAGAAUUUUGCGAACAUUUAUUGGACAAAAGGGCUCAGGAAGUAUCGAAUUUUCUUGACAUGUUAAGGAGUACUUCUGUUGAUGAUCAUCAAUUGUCAGAAUCCAGUGAGACAUCACAUGGUCAAUGGAAAUUGAAGCAUGAUAAUGAAGAGUUCCGUGUUAUGUACCGUGAAGGACCUCAUGGUACCCCUUUUCAUACAUUACUUGUUGAAGGCUACGUAGAUGGGCCUUUGGAUGUUUGUUUAUGUAUCUCUUGGGAGUCAGCCCUCUACAAGAAAUGGUGGCCUCAGUCUAGUUUUCCACCUUUCAAAGUAACUAGUUCCACCUGUGUGCGAAAGAUCCGAAUUGGUGAACAGAUAGCUCUAGUAAGGUUUGUCAAGCCUAGAACUAUAACAUUUUAUUUAAAUACAUUUCCUUCUUUUAGUAAUAUAUUGAAGCCUGAAAUUGUAAAAUGCUUACUUGUUUUUGUAUUUUCGGAAGAAAGGGUGAAGGUUGUGUGGCCUCUGUCAGCUAGGGAGGCUCUAGUACACUUUUUUUCCUUUGAGUACUUUCAAGACGAUUUGAUUGUCAUUCUUGUGAACACGAUUUCAGAUGUGAGCACCAUUGAUAGAGCAACUCAUGGGUUUACUAAUCAUGGGAUCCCCGAAGCAAAGGAUGUUGUAAGAAUUGAUGUAGUUGGAGGCUUUGCAUUGCAGAAGGUGAACAAUGAAAGAAGCUACUUCAGGACAAUAGCAAAUAUGGAUAUGAAGCUCGAUUUUGUCCCUCCAUCCCUUAUAAACUUCAUCGCAAGGCAGCUUAUCGGAAACGGUUUCAGACUCUAUCAAAAGACUGUGGCUUCUGUCACUAAUAGCAAUGAAGAUUACAGCAAGGCCUUGGGUGCGCCUUUGUUUUGUCUAAUACGUGAAGCUCUUUACUCCGGUAACAAAUCAGUCAAAGUUCUUGAAGCCCAAGAGCUCAAAACUGAACCUGAUAUUUUGCCGAGUGAGAAUGUAAUUGAAGGCAAACAAGACAACACACACGAUGUGGAACUGACGGUUCAUGCUAAUGACCCUGACAGUGAAUCUCCGCCAAAGAAGGCACAAGACAGAAAGAGAAAAGCUUUUGUUGAAAUUGAGGAAGAAGAAACUGAAGAGGGUACAUGCCUGGAUGAGGGCAUUACAGCUCCAAAUCAACUUUCAACCAAGAAAUUUCCGGAUUCAAAUGGCGUAAAUGCUAAACAAAAGAUUCCUAUUCGCCCGGAGGUGGAAGAAGCUCUAGGAACAUUGGAGAAGGCCAUUUCAAUAAUACGACAGUACGGAUUUAAUGCUCAAAGGACACCUAGUUUCUCUGAUCCAGAAACUCCAAAUUUGGAAGAGGGUUUUGUCAAAGACCCAACUUGUGCUGCUGAUGACAAUGUUUCCUUAAAAACUGAGGGUGCUGUCAAAAUGUUCGCGGAGAACCUGGAGAUGACUUCAGAUGACUCCAAGAAUAGCAAUGACAUUAAUGACGCAAGGUCUGCAAGAUCGAAUUCUUUGUCAAGGGAAGUGAACAAUAACAAAGUAGUACCGGCAUCGCCUCAGCAAAAUGUCAUAAUACCAGCAGAGACUAACCAGGUUGGUUUGAAUCAUCUUGGAAAUGGAGUCACCAAGACAAAUGGGUUCCAUGAAAAGGGUGUAAAUGAUGUUGAGAAGCUGAGUAAAUUGAGGAAGCAUAGGUUCUGUUGCUUUGGCUUCUAUUCAGGAUAGCUUGAUACCUCAAACCCCGGAAGAAGACUGCAUGGAUGAAAGCAUGGCACUUCAUUUUCAACCUUGAACAUAGUGGAUUAUGUAACAUUUUAUACAAAAAAAAAAAAAAAAAAAAAACGAAAAACAACUCCUA